GUGUAUCGUUUAUCAGUAGGGUUGAGGAUGUGUAGGCUACAUAUUAUUUAAGCUAUCAGCGUGUUGCAAGAUGGAAUAAAACGCUCUUAUGGAAGUUUGUUUGAAUGAAAAACUGCAGGCAUUUUUUUGUGGUACAUCCAAAAUUCAUCCUGUCAAACCAGUUUAUCAAGUUUCAGGUUGGGUAGGUAGCCAUUACGCAGGUAUCGGGAGUGUACAACAACUCCGCAAUUGUUGGUGGCAAGUAAGACAGAGCAAACAUGGUACAAUAAGUAGAAACUGGAAAUCAUUCGUGAAGAAAAAGACAUUGUCGAAUACAAAGAAAUACUGUGUGCGGCCUCCAGACGUGUCGUCAUUAUGAGUCGACCACGAGCAGACUCCCAGGGUUCCCUGGGCCCCGAUGAUGAAGUGGUGCCAUACAGCGACGACGAGACCGAUGACGAGUUGGAGAGCUUGGAGGACGAGGGGCCCCCAGGGGUGCCGCCAACUGAGGAAGUCAAGAGUACCGAGUCUGGUUGGAGUGUCAAAGCAAACGACAGAAGGUUCUGUAAGCUGCCAGAGUUUCAGAAGAAAUACUUUUUGUGUCUGAAGAAGUCCAAAUACUCAGGGAACGCCAUCAAGACAUACAAAUACAACGCCUUAACGUUCCUCCCACUGAAUCUGUUCGAGCAGUUCAAACGGGCUGCCAACCUCUAUUUUCUGGCACUGUUAAUCUUACAGAUUAUUCCCCAGAUCACCACACUGCCCUGGUACACCACUCUGGUUCCUCUGGUUCUGGUGUUGGGAAUCACUGCCAUCAAAGACCUGGUGGAUGAUCUGGCCCGUCACAGAAUGGACAACGAGAUCAACAACAGGAAGUGUGAGGUCCUCCUGAAUGGCAGCUUUCUAGAGUCAAAGUGGAUGAACAUCGAAGUCGGUGAUGUCGUUCGUUUGAACAAAAAUGAUCACAUCCCGGCCGACAUUCUGCUGUUGUCCAGUUCAAAUCCCAACAGUCUUUGUUAUGUGGAAACGGCUGAGCUUGAUGGAGAGACCAACCUGAAGUUUAAGAUGGGUCUGAAAGAAACAGACGAGAGGCUUCAGGAAGAGAGCCAGCUAGCACAGUUUGACGCCAUGAUAGUGUGUGAGGAGCCCAACAACCGUCUGGAUAAGUUCACAGGGACCAUGCACUGGAGGAGGGACCGGUUCCCCCUGAACCUGGACAAUAUGAUACUGAGGGGAUGCAGGGUCAGGAACACUGACGUGUGUCACGGCCUGGUCAUCUUUGCAGGCGCCGACACCAAGAUCAUGAGGAACGGCGGCAAGACCAGGUUUAAGAGGACCAAGAUCGAUGAGUUGAUGAACUACAUGGUUUACACAAUUUUCGUGAUGCUAGUCCUGUUGUGUGCCGGCCUCGCCAUCGGGAACAGCUUCUGGUACGCAGAGAUCGGAAGCAAGGCCUGGUAUCUGUACGACGGGCUGAACCAGUCGGCUUCGUACAGAGGCUUCCUCAGCUUCUGGGGGUACAUCAUUGUCCUUAACACCAUGGUUCCCAUCUCCCUCUACGUCAGUGUGGAGGUGAUUCGAUUGGGCCAGUCAAAGUUCAUCAACUGGGACCUUCAGAUGUACUACAGAGAGAAGGACACCCCGGCCAAGGCCCGGACCACCACCCUGAAUGAGCAACUGGGUCAGAUUGAGUACAUCUUCUCAGACAAAACUGGCACCCUCACCCAGAACAUCAUGGCCUUCAAGAAGUGCACCAUCGCCGGACAAACCUUUGGUGACCCCACCACAUCGGAUGGGGUGACUCUGGAUCGAGGGAGGCCAGUGGACUUCAGCUGGAACAAGUACGCAGACAGGAAAUUUGAGUACCAGGAUCAUUCUUUGGUGGCCUGUAUACGGUCCGGGAAGAACAAGGAGGCCCUGGAGUUCUUCAAACUGCUGUCUUUGUGUCACACCGUCAUGGUGGAGCAGAAUGAAAACGAUGAACUGGUGUACCAGGCCGCUUCGCCUGACGAGGGCGCUCUGGUGACGGCAGCCAGAAACUUUGGUUUUGUCUUCCUGUCCCGCACCCAGGACACCAUCACCGUUAGUGAGCUGGAUCAGAAGAACACCUAUGAGAUGUUGGCCCUCCUCGACUUCAACAGCGACCGGAAGCGUAUGUCCAUCAUCCUGAGGUUCCCAGAUGGCCGGAUCCGUCUGUAUUGCAAAGGUGCAGACACAGUCAUUUAUGAACGCCUGUCCCCAAACUCCAGAUACAAGGAGGUAACCCAGACCGCCCUGGAUAUCUUUGCCAAUGAAACCCUCCGGACCCUGUGUCUGUGCUAUAAGGACAUCAGUAAGGAGGAAUAUGACUCCUGGGCAGCUAAGCACAAAGCCGCCAGCGUUUCCACAGGAAACAGGGAGGCAGCUCUGGACCAGGUGUAUGAACAGAUCGAGAACAACCUCAUGAUGAUCGGGGCAACUGCCAUCGAGGACAAGCUUCAGGACGGGGUUCCUGAGACCAUUGCUAAGCUGGCCAAGGCGGACAUCAAGAUCUGGGUUCUAACAGGAGAUAAAAAAGAAACUGCUGAGAACAUUGGCUUCUCCUGUCACCUGCUGGAUGAUGACAUGCAGAUCCACUACGGAGAAGAUGUUAAUGAGAAGUUACGGAUCAGACAGACAGCCAGGAGAGAACAACCGCCUGCGUUUGGUCGAAUCAGGAAGAAGGUUCCCGACCCGUUUUUUGAGCAGUCUGGCAGGAACGCUCUUAUCAUCACCGGAGGCUGGCUGAACGAGAUCUUGUACGAGAAGAAGAAAAAGCGCCGUCGUCUCCGAUUAAAGCGGCUCGGUAGGAGACCCGCCUCUUCCGUGCCCCAGGACGCCACGCAGCCAAUCGACGACUGGGAGAAGGAGAUGCGUCAGGUCGACUUCGUCAACAUGGCGUGCGAAUGCGAGGCGGUCAUCUGCUGCCGCGUCACGCCCAAGCAGAAGGCCAACGUGGUCAGCCUGGUGAAGAAGUACAAGGAUGCCGUCACGCUGUCCAUCGGCGAUGGCGCCAACGACGUCAACAUGAUUAAGACCGCAGACAUCGGUGUGGGCAUAUCGGGUCAGGAGGGCAUGCAGGCGGUCAUGUCCAGUGACUACGCGUUUGCUCAGUUCCGCUACCUGGAGCGCCUCCUGCUGGUCCACGGGCGCUGGUCCUACAUCCGCAUGUGCAAGUUCCUCCGCUACUUCUUCUUCAAGAACUUUGCCUUCACACUGGUCCACUUCUGGUACUCCUUCUUCAGCGGGUUCUCGGCUCAGAUUGCCUAUGAAGACUGGUUCAUUACCUUGUACAAUGUCAUGUACACCUCACUUCCUGUACUGCUGGUUGGCUUGUUGGAUCAGGAUGUGAAUGACAAACUGAGUCAAAAGUUUCCCAAGUUAUACCUCCCGGGUCAGCAGGGGGCGCUGUUCAACUACAAGAACUUCUUCAUCAGUCUGUUCCAUGGCAUCUUUACCUCCCUGGUGAUCUUCUUCAUCCCCUAUGGGGCAUUCCUGCAGACCAUGGGGCAGGAUGGAGAGGCCCCCUCAGACUACCAGUCCCUGGCUGUAGUUAUGGCCUCCUCGCUCAUCCUCACUGUCAAUCUACAGAUAUCUCUGGAAACCUCAUACUGGACCUUUGUGAACUGCUUUGCUGUCCUGUGUAGCAUAGCGAUAUUCUUCGGGAUCAUGUUUGACAUCCACAGUGCAGGAAUCCACGUAAUUUUCCCCUCAACGUUUACUUUCACUGGAGUCGCCUCUAACACUCUUCGGCAGCCCUAUCUGUGGUUGACCAUCAUCCUCACGGUGGGAAUCAGCCUGCUGCCGGUCAUCUGCAUCGAGUUCCUCUCUAAAACCAUCUGGCCUUCCGUGGGAGACAAGGUCCAAAGGCACAGGAAGAAGUAUGAGAUGGAGGAAGAGGAGAAGAAGAAACCCGCUCCGUUCCAGCGUGGCAGAGCCUCCCGUCGAUCGGCCUACGCCUUCUCUCAUUCCCGGGGUUAUGCUGACCUUAUCGCGUCCGGCCGAAGCAUCCGACGACGACCCAACGUGGCUCAUCCCAACCCAAGAGACACUCUCAGAGAGGUCCCCCAGGCUGAUAACAUAUGAGGGGGUCUCAGCUGGCAGGCCUGGCCCUAGCCUGGAACCCAGAUCUGUUUGGAUCAUCUUGGAAACUUUUACAGAUUCCUAAAAGACUGACACUAACCCUGCUCACCCAAGCCCUAGUGUUUGGGUUUUAAUGUUAUACGGUUUGUUCUGUAACCAAGAAUGUUGUUAAACUCAGGAUUUUAAAUAGCCUUAUCUUAGUCUCUCUCUCUCUCUCGGAUGGUAUGAAGGCUCAGAGUGGGCGAGUUGUUCCAAGGUCAACUCCCUUCUGAACAUGAUUAAAAGGAUCAUAGAUGCACACUUCAAGAAUACGGUCCAGAUGGUUGUUGGUUUGGCCGGGGCUGUGUGUUUAGCACUCUCUGUGGUGUAGUUCUGUUUGUUAUCAGGACUAUGCGACUCCCUUGGGAGUUGGACCUGUAGUAACUUGUCUUAAUGUAAUAUAGUGUGAAUAUUAUUGUUGGUUUGUAUUUUUACUGAAUGAGGUGUGGAAUGCAUAUGUGCAGUCUGAUAUCUUUUAUGAGUUUGGCUAGCUUUUAGAACAGAUGCCAUGUUAGUGCCUUUGAGCUUUCCAUGAAUACAUUCAUGACAAGUAUUUGGAUUUUAGCUAAUUCUGUCUGUUGCAUACCAUUGCAUUGUUUUCCACGUAAGGGCGUUCCAUGUCCUUCUACAGGUCACUUUGGUCCGUUGGAAGCUGACAUGACAUUUGGAAGAUACACUUAAACAUGGUUGCCAUAAGAAAUCCUUUGAAUGUGCUGCGUCAUGAAAAACCCAAGCAAAUGCACAAAUCACAGGAGACCAGCUCUGUCAAUAUGUGGCUUUGCUUGCAGUCUGCAGGUUGUCAAAAGCUUCUGAAGGCACAAGAAUUUCAGACUGGGUUGGCUUGUGAGGAAGCUCAUAAUUGCUGGCCCCUAACUACAUUGUUUUCCACUUUUGCUUCUUCGUUCAUGGUAUCUUCACUGUUUAAAGUCAAUUCAUACACACUUUUUUUUUAAUGGAAAUUGAUUUGUCUACAUAGCCUACUUCUAAAGCCUUAGCCGUUGUUAACACUAACCUCAUAGAAGCCUGCCCCUCUGCACUGUUUGUAUAGUUUCAUGUUUUACCUUAGCCAAAUGCCCCCCCCAGCCCUGUUGCAUCUUGCAGUCUCAAAUGCCAGUAGUCAGCCAAGUAGAACUAAAACUUCCCCAGGAAUGUCUUGUUUACACGGAUAUUGCUAAUUAUGAUUUCUACCACUUAAAAGUAGUUAUCUGGAAAGGCCUUAAACAACAUUGCCUGAUCCAUCCUCAUGACCCUGAUGGGAGACCUGUCCAACUGGGUGAUGAUUUUCUUCUUCAAUCCUGAAGAGAAUCUCUUAAUUUAAAAGGGUAGUAGGGUCAAUUGCACCACCUAUGUGCUCAGGGGAUGUCAUGGGCCCUGCUUUGUUGGUUGCAACUCAUUUCAGUCUCUAUAGAAGGACACUUAGUUUUUGUUUGUGCCAUGAAUGUACCUCCCGGUCUGGUUGUAACCUGAGGAUAGAACUAGAAAGUGUUGUAGGGCAGGUCUAGUUCUGGGACUCUGACUCAGGCUGGCUCAAUUGACAUGGAAACUAGCUAUAGGAGAAACCUCUGUGAACUAUUUGGUGUCAGGUUACUACUUUGUCAGUGAAAAACACUGUCAUAGUUAAAAUCGCUAUUCUAUCCUUUGCGAUGCAGGCUUCGGGAGGAAAAUGUAUCUUUUAAAAUGCCAAUGUUCAGUUCCUGUUGGUUUACAAUAAAUCGAUAAAUCGGAGCUGUUAAAUUCAUGUUGCGUAUUGAGAGACAGAUGACCAGGAUGCUAGUGAACAUUAAAUGUAGCAGCUAUAUACAGAUAAACCUCCUAGCGCGGUACAACACAAUUUGUGGAAAGAAGUCCCAUGUCCAGAUACAUUUAAAAAUUUAAAAAAGUAUAACUGCAUCUGGACAUGGACAUCUACAUACUUGUUUCAACAAAUUGUGAAUACUGUACCAUAAAGAGUUAGUACACUAAUUCAUAAUUGCCAUGUCCAUUAGUCUAAUCAUAACCCCAUGGAAACAUUCACAUCAAGGAUUCUACAAUAGCAGCGAGCCUGCACGAUUGCCUUAUCAGUCUCACGGGCCUGUUGUAGUUCAAUUUAAACUGAGAGAGUCCUAUGUCCCAAAUGGCACCAUAUUUCCUAUAUAGUGCACUACAUUUGACUUGAGCCCUAUAGGGUAUUUUUCAGAGAAUAGGAUGCCAUUUGGGAGUUCUACCCGUUAGUCCUGUUACACACCCGAUCAUUUGUUGUUGUACAUCCAAGUGCCUGUCGAUAUUUUAAUGGUUUGUGUUGUAGUCUUGGGCUAAUCUUACCACUACCUUUUAAAAAUGUUUUUUUUUUUUUUUUUACUUAACUAUUAAUGUAUUGAAAUAACUUUAAAAUAAAAGGGUAACUAUGAAGAGAAGCUGCGUCUCAGAUUUUAGAGACUGUUGUUGACCUGGCUUUCAAAACGUGUGCACCAGGGGUCUUUACACUUCUCUUGUCCAUGGUCAUAGACCACCACCCCAGUAUGGGGAAAGCCAUCAUGUCUUCUUGUACGUGUAGCUCACUUCAUUGGUAUGAUUCACAAGGGGCCAGUAGGAAAAUGUGUCCUCACUUGUAAAUUGCACUGGAUAAAAUCAUCAACUGAACACUAGUGAAUGUAUUUCUGUCUAAUAUAACUAAAAUCACUCCAUUAAACUAUUUAAAAGGA